UCCUCCUCCUAGUCGGCUAGUCCACACCAUGCUCGUAACAACUCAGUCCCAUUUCCACAGUGCCCCCCGCGGGCGCCUCAGGCAGAGAGGGAGCGCGGGCGCGGCUGCUUCACACCGCGGCCGAGGCCGAGGCCGUGCGCGCGUUAUAAGCACCACCGCGGCACGCUCGCUGAUCGCGCGCCGGCCAGCAGCAGCAGCAGCGGGGAGGAGGAGGCGAGCCGCUGGCCAUCCCUUGCUCGCCGCGGGCUCCAGCGGUGCUCCGCUUCCGGCCGGUUCCUCCGGCGGGCCGUCCGACGACGGCAGCAUGCCUUUGGCCCCGCUGCUCGCCGGCGACGGCGGCGAGCCCGCCGCCGCGCGUCCGGCGGCGCCGUCGUGGCUGGGGCGCGUGGUGGACACGGAGGAGGCGCGCGCGCAGCUCCGGUUCGCGGUGCCGAUGGUGCUGACCAGCAUGGCGUACUACGGCAUCCCGCUGGUGUCGGUGAUGUUCUCGGGCCACCUCGGCGACGUCCAGCUCGCCGGCGCCACGCUCGGCAACUCCUGGGCCACCGUCACCGGCUACGCCUUCGUGACGGGCCUGAGCGGCGCCCUGGAGACGCUGUGCGGGCAGGCGUACGGCGCGCGGCUGUACCGGAUGCUGGGCCUGUACCUGCAGUCGUCGCUCAUCAUGUCGGCCGCCGUCUCCGUGCUCGUCUCCGCGCUGUGGUGCUUCACGGAGCCCGUGCUGCUGUUCCUCCGCCAGGACCCCGAGGUGUCCCGCGCCGCCGCCUCCUUCGUCCGGUGCCAGAUCCCGGGCCUCUUCGCCUUCUCCUUCCUGCAGUGCCUGCUCCGCUACCUGCAGACGCAGUCCGUCGUGGCGCCGCUCGUGGCCUGCUCCGUGGCGCCCUUCGCGCUCCACGUCGCGCUGGCGCACCUCCUGGUGAACGUGCUCGGGCUCGGCGUCGCGGGGGCAUCCGCCGCCGUGUCCGCCACGUUCUGGGUCUCCUGCCUCAUGCUGCUCGCCUACGUGACGCGGUCCCAGGCCUUCGGCGAGACGUGGACGGGGUUCUCCGUCGAGGCCUUCAAGUACGUGCUGCCGACGGUGAAGCUCGCCACGCCGUCCGCCGUCAUGGUCUGCUUGGAGUACUGGGCGUUCGAGCUCCUGGUCCUGAUCGCCGGCCUGCUCCCCAAUUCGACGGUGAGCACGUCGCUGAUCGCCAUGUGCACUAGCACGGAGGCGAUCGCGUACAUGAUCACGUUCGGGUUCAGCGCCGCCGUGAGCACGCGGGUGUCGAACGAGAUCGGCGCCGGGAACGUGGAUCGCGCGAAGAACGCGGUGUCGGUGACGCUGAAGCUGUCCGUGUUCCUGGCCGUCUCCUUCGUGGCGCUGCUGGCGUUGGGGCACACCCAGUGGGCACGGCUCUUCAGCGGGAGCGCCGCCAUCGUGUCGGAGUUCGCGGCCAUCGCGCCGCUGAUGGCGGUGUCCAUCGUGCUGGACUCGGCGCAGGGGGUACUGUCCGGGGUGGCCAGGGGCUGCGGCUGGCAGCACCUGGCGGCGGUCACCAACCUGGUGGCGUUCUACUUCGUGGGCAUGCCGCUGGCCGUGCUCCUCGCCUUCAAGCUGGACCUCGGCGCCAGGGGCCUCUGGGCGGGGCUCAUCUGCGGGCUCGCGUGCCAGGCCGCCGCCCUGCUCGUCAUCACCGCGCGCACCAGGUGGUCCGACCUCGCCGACGCCAUGCGGGAGGAGAAGGCCAACUACGUCGCCUAGCAAGACACCCGUAUACUCCACUUAUUACUUGCUCACGGCUUACUAGUUACUACUACAGUACUACUGUACAACUAAUGAUGAAGUUGGACGAGAAGUUGUGCAUCGAAAGCACACGCGCGAGUUUUUUUUUUUUUGGUGGCGACGGC